AAUUUGAUUCAGCGAAUUUUAUAAAGUAGUGAUUCGAAGAAAAUCAAUGUGAAUUAUUGUUGAUGCACUUUUUACUAUUCGACUAACUUUUAAGAAUGUCGGCCGAUAUGGAAAUAAUGAACGAAACAGUGGAUACGGAUUGUAAAGCACCCACUGAGGACGUAGAAAUGGAGUCUCCUACUUCAUCAAAAACUCAAACGAGUAUUGAAAACGAAAAUACAUUCUCUGCUAUAGAUGUCAUUGACGGCUGUUCAACAAAACCGAACAAAAAAAUUAUGGUUAUACCAGAAGUAACAGAAAAUGAAAACGGCCAAAAUUUAAAAAACACGAGUAAUAAUGGUGACUGCAAUCAGCAGAAAGACAAUCACUUGGAUGUCAAAUUAUCACCCCCCGUUUUCGUCAAUUCAAACCCAUUUCAACAAGACAUGACAUCUAAUGAUUGUCCAUUUCAAAAACCAACUGUAUGUCGCACACAUAGUUUAGGAGCAAGUGAUCCCUCUCCAUUUACAAUACGGCGUCGACCAGCAAGAUUAUCAUUCGCAAAUCAAUUGCAAAGUCCGUCAGCUUUCAGACGAAAACUUAAAAUGAAAUCACCAAUUCGAGGUGACUUAGCUGAUGAGAUGGAAGAUAAUGUAUUGAAAAGAUGUAACAGCGCUCCGAUGCUCAACGAAAUGAAUGACAUUGAUGUCCGGAUGGCAUGGCAUCAUGGAAGCGUGACACCAGGAUCAAUUCGUGCCAGAAGAUUUAGUGCCACGGUAUUAUCAGUAAAUGCAUCUCCUUCUGCUGGGACACCCAAGUCAGCUUCAAGACUCAACCAGCUCAAAAAAGAAGAAAGCAUAGAAGGAAUACAAUACAAGGAAACUGCUCAUGAAAGAGAAGUACAGACAUCAAUACAGAUGUACAAUACAUGUGGAGAAUUGUCUUUGUCUGACAGCCAUGAAAGCUUGAAUGGGAUCUUAUCGGGAGACUUGCAACAACAACAGACAAUAACAUCAAGCACAGCUGGAACUACUACUCCUACUGAGUCUGUACCAAAGUCUCCCAUGUUACAUUCUCCACCUGUCAACGUACCAGCAUUCAGCAAGCAAUGCUCAACACGUGCAAUUGAUUUUAACAUAUCUGGUAGUGGAUCAUCAAUUCCAACACCUCCCCUGCAUCACCCAAGUGUGGGAGGGGGAAUUCCCUCUCCGUUAACAAUCUCACCCUCAACGGGACUUCUAAGUCUGUCCCCACUUCCUCCCUCCCCGACACGGAACUUGGGUUUCAGUUCAACGGGAAAACAAUGUUUUUCUCCUUCAAUGCAAGUGCCUGUUCCAGCGUGUUUGAGACCUGGAAGCCUUAGUCCAUCCCCAAGUCCUACAAGAAGAACUUUUGUAACUCGAAGGAGAAGUCAGAGUCCCUGCAUCGUGAAACCAAGUGCUCUCGGCCCCAUCAAACGAAAAUAUGAUUCAGAUUCAGAGGGAAGUUGUUCUCCUAAACGUAUGUUCAUCCCGGGAUCCCAAACUGCUGGUCCAGGAGGAGGGGGCGUGGCAGGGGCCGGACAUAAUCAAAAUACUGAUGCCACAUUACCUGUGGUUGUGACUCCGUUCUUCCCGAGAGCAAGUAUACAUAGAUCUCAUAGCCUCUCAUCCAGUUCAGUGGACAGUGAUUUGAACGUUUCGCCCAGCCCCCCACAAAACGGGGUCACUAUGGGUUUUCUGCCGUCAAACCAUCCUUUAAGUGUCAACAUCAGUUCAACACGCGAUGGCAGUAGUGGGUCACCGUUCCAGUUACCGCUUCAUGCGAAUCCAUUUUUGAACACUGUUGGCAUUCAAGAUUCUCUGCGUUGCUCCUCCCCAGCCAGUUCCACCUGUUCUUCUUCGUCACUAGAGGGCCUGAGAGAUCUACAAACGUAUCCGCAAAGUCAUCUUGCUCUCCCUUCUAUAAGUAAUAUGUCAACUCUUGUAAAACCACCUAUUAAGGAACGUCAACCUCCUCCUACACUACCAACCCCUUCAUCAACUGCUAAUCUAACAUUAUGACAUCACAACAUUUUUUAGUUUUAUCUUCCCUAUGUCAAAGAUUACUCCUACGAGAAUCAACCAAGAAACCUGAAUCAGCACCAUGUAAUGUCACAGAAUAAUCUGGUGCCACAGCAUCUUUGAACAUUGAACGGCAUUGUGUAUUUCAAAGUGUACAUGGUAAUUUUCAGAGAACAAGACAAUAACUAGUUGCCAGAAGUGUUAUCUUCUCCUGGAAGCUGGGAUAUACAUUCACUGUCAGUAUUUGGUAUCUGUAGUCCAUGCAUCUGAGGCAAAUAACUGAUUAACUAAUCCCAUUCCUUACAUGGACUAGUAACCAGACAUCUGUCAAGAAUUUGUUUGUGGCUCCUAUAAGAUGUCAGCGCUUUCAUUUGAUGCCAUGAUCAGUAUUUAGUAUUGGUUACGUACCUUAUGUGGGCUAUCAAGGAUUUGUUUGUGGCUCUCCUAAGAUGCCACUAACUUCAUUUGAUGCCUCUGUCAGUGAUUAGUCUAUGUUAAGUACUUCACUAAGUCCUGCCACUGACUUCGUUUGAUGGCAUGGUCAGUAUGUAGUAUAUGUUAAGUACCUUCUGUUGGCUAUCAAGGAUUUGUUUGUGGCCCUCCUAAGAUGCCACUAACUUCAUUUGAUGCCACAGUCAGUAUUUAGUUUAUGUUAAGUACUUCACCAAGUACUGCCACAGACUUCUUUUGAUGGCACGGUCAGUAUGUAGUAUAUGUUAAGUACUUUCUGUGAGAAGUCAAGGAUUUGUUUGUGAGUACUUUGAAGUGCCACCGAUUUCAUUUAAUGCCAUGAUACAUUGUAGUCACGUUAUCGAGGCAACAGUUUUAUAUCUAUGGAGAGACUAUUUUGAACCAGACUUGACAGAUUCAAAUUUGAUUGAAUUGUACAAUACUACUGUGGAAAGGUUUAUUUGCUUUUAAUUCCGGUGAAAAGGGUUACAAAUUUUUUCAGGGUGUAGCCCAAAGACUUAUCUCCUAUAUAUACUUGAAUGGUAAAACCCAAAGAUAGACUGAAAUUGCGUUUUAACAUCAAAUUGAUAACUGGUAAAAAGGGGUACAUGUUGCAUAAACCACACUGAGACAGCGAGAAGUCCUGUAAUAUUUUCUUAUACGUGAGAAUCCUGUAUAGAGGGGGUGCGCAGCAGACUAUUUAGUGUGGCCCUCAUCAAAACUGAGUUUUUUUCCUCCAUCAAGUUUAAAAUCUUAAUUUGACAGUUUAUGUUUAAAAAGGCGCUCACAUUGAUAAAAAAAAUACAUAAAUAUUUUCAUUAUAUUUUCUUACUAGAAAGAGAAGCGAUAGCUGCAUUCUCCUGUCUUUGCUGUUACCCUAUGGUUGUUGCUAAAUUUUUUAUUCGUUUCGCACGUGGAAAAACUGUUUUUUUUUGUGUGGCCCAGUUAGAUGUCUCACCAACAAAAAAUGCUGCACACCCCUACUCUAGAGAUAUUGUACCUGCUAACCCACACUACUAUAUAGUGCUGGAGCAGUAGAGUUAUUAAUGCUUGGAAUGAUAUGCCAACGAUUAAGCCAUUUUUGAAAUCUUAAAAUCUGGGGCUCUAGGGCAGUGGUUCCAAACCUUUUAUGGCUCCUGGCCCAACUUCAGGAGGCUUUUAGCACGUAUGCAUACUCUACCUAUUUGUCGUUGAUUACAGUAGUAUUUAUAGUGUUAUGUUCAAACAAUUCAUGCUCAACAAGAUGAACAGACCUUCUGAAAUAACCUUGUCAGGCAAUGAAACUAGAAAGAAUGGGAAGUAAAGGGAAAUGUAAAAUCAGUUUUGCGACUAGCAUUUUGGUCCCCUCCAACUGCUCUGUGCCCUCUUGGUGGGCCAUGGGCCCCCACUUUGGCAACCGCUACUUUAGGGUUUCCUAUUUGCUGGGUUACCAGUAACACUAUGAUGCUCAAUUUUGCUUUCAACUGAAUAUUUUUCGCAUUCUAUUUCUUUAUAUUUUUACUUUAAUUUUCUAAAGUUCCUUUUCGUCAUUUCAAAAUAUUUUUGGGGAGAGAUUUUUCUUCUGUUUUCAGUAUUUGGAAACAGUUGGUGGAUGUAAUGAUCAUAAUUGGUCAUGAUAUAUAUUAAGGAUGUCCAUUCCAUAAACAAAAACUUUCAAUUUGUUUUCGAAAUCUAUUCAGCAUUUAAUGGCUAAUCCAUUUUUUUCCAAAACUCCAGUCAAAAACAUCUGCUAAACUAACUCUAUUAAAAUGUCCUUCAAGUUGAUUUGAUCAUGAUAAUGAGAUCUCAGUGGCAUUCCAACUUGUUAGGCAAUCUGCAAUACAAUAAAUAGUCCAGAUAUUUUUCCAAAACUUCAGCAGCAGGUGGAAUUCACAAUGUUCAACUGCUACGCCAACUCUAUUGAAAUGAUGUCCUUCAAGUCACACACAAUUAUUUUGAUCAUGUAUGAUGACAUCUCAAUGGCUUUCCAACAUUUUAGUUCAGCAAUACAUUACCUAGUUCAAAUAUUUUUCCAAAACUUCUGUAUUGAAUUCACUAAUGUUCAAAUUUCACACCCCACUGAUCUUCUAUGAGUCUUACGUAGAAUGUUUUUGGCCGUAGUUUGAAAUGAGUGUCCUGUAACUUUGGCAUUUCAAUAAAGUUCUGGUGAUCUUCUUUGACUAUUAAUUGUAAUGAUCGAAUUAGCUUGUUAAAACAUCCAACUUCGCAUAAACAAUUUUCUUGUUUCUACAGUCCUUGGCGGUUGGUAAUAAAACUAAAAUUUUCCAUUGAAUUCAAAAAGUUGAAUAUGUUAAUUAGACUUACAAAAUUACCCCAAUUUGACAUCACAUAUUAAUUAUGUGGCGUUCCAGGAGUGUGUGUACCAUUAUGGAGGUAACUAAUUUUGUUCGCCUACUUCACAUCAAGUUCUUUAAAGGGACGGAAGCCUGUGGGCAGGGGGUAUAUUCACUCGGCUAACACAGACAGUCCCGAACACGUAGUAGAACUAAAGCAAGGAGAAUCGGUAUAAAAUUAUGCCCUAACCAGGUACACACACUGUAGGAGUACCGAUUAUUCAAUGAUUCAUUAUUUAAAUGUAUUUUCUGGAAACUCAAAAAACUUGGCAUGGACAUCCUUAACACCACGAAUAAUGCACUGUGACUUUCUCCCCACUGUGUGUUAUCUAUUACUUUAGCAGUAAAAGUUUUUUUUGAUUUUUUUUUCAAUUCAAGAACCAAUUUGUUCUGACAAAUUGAGGUAUAGCAUAAGGGAAAGCUCCAUAAUAUGUUCUAACAGGUAUGUAUUCCUGAUGUCCCCUUGUUUCUAUUUUUCACAGAUUUACCAUUAACAAAGCUCCAAACAAAAAAGUCGGCUACAACAAUCAAUGAAUAUAAUCAACUAACCAAACCUGUUCAUCUUAAGAUAUGUAUAGAGUGUAGUUUUAAAUUUUGAACCGGAGGUUUUUAACCUGUAAAACUAACAUGGCCAUUGCGGACAUCAUGAUCACCUGAUCUCUUAACCACUAGAAAUAAUCUCACCAAGAUAAUCGAAUACCUGGACUUAUGCAAUGCAAUUACUCCGUUUUAAGAGGCUAGUCAUAAUGGCUCUGUUGCUUGAUUAAAAUAAAAAAGAUUAACAGUUUAACUUGAUUUUUUCUUGGAGUUUUUAAGAGUUUUGUAUGCUUUAACAUGAUCAAAAGUCAAGCUUAAAGUUCUAUCUCUUACAAAACACUGAAUAACACCAUAAUAUGCUUAUUAUAGUUUAGAACGAGGGUAUGUUCUUUCGCUUUUUGCAAAUUCCGAUCACUGAUGAAGAAAUCUGAUUUUUGAUGAAUGUUCUUGUUUUGCUAUAUUAAUCCAAGCAUUGGGUUGUUCAUUAUCAUAUUAAAUUUAUCAAAAUAUUUUUUCAACUGAUUUUCUAAGCUUAAGAUGUUAUUUGUGUGUUUGCUAUUUUAUCUUUGCUUGUGGUCGCGGAUUGAAAUGCCAGGUUAUCUUAUGUCAACAGAUUCAAAAGCAAUAUAGGGUGUCCAUGAAGUCUUAAAAUUGCAAAUGAAAUUUAUCGAUACUAUAUAUUGUCUUGGUGUGAACUCACAGAUGUAGUCUAUUGAAUGAAGUAAAAAUUCUUAAACAACUACAGAAUAAA